CUGUCUCUUAGUCAAUCCGUUGAACUCUGUUCACUUUCCGAAUUGUGUAACGAGCUAAACGAGUACUUUUGACGUACGAGAGGUUUACUUCAACGAAAGAUUCUUGUCAAAAUGAUGCGGAUUUUCGGAAAAUCUACAAUUCAGAAAGUUCAGCGAACAAUUCUGGUUCGUUCAUACAGUCCGCAGGCUGGGUCUCCGAGCGGUAGCAACUCAUCGAAAUCUGCGGGCAAUGUACCUGGUCUUAGCAAGAACUGUGUAGAUAUUCCAAAUAAUCCGGUUGGACCAAAAGCUUCGAAAAGUGGUGAAUACAAGAAUCCUGAGUACUUCUGUUACAAUGUCACCAGUUUUGCAGAGGCAGAAGUUGAAAUGGCCAAAUUUCGACUACCAGCUCCAUCGAAUAAGAAGAAGUCUAAGUAAUGGGAUUUGAUGUUUAGCUCUUAUCAUAGGAUAUCAGUUUUACGCAUGGUAACAGAACCAGCUAUGAUGUUUUGUAAAACAUGAUUUAUAAGAUAGCAAAGUUAGUGAAUACUUUCUAAUUUAACUGUACAAAAGUUGGCUCGAUAUUAACUAUUCACCGAUUAAUAAAUUUAAAUUGUAAAUAUGAAA